AUGGCACUUUUAUAUUUCAUGGAGAGAGAUGCCCACUAUCGAGUAUAUUUUUAUAUUUCAUGCUACCUGAGCAUGGUGAUGGCAGGGGUGGCCAUGGUGUGGCCUUCGCCUCUAACCGCCUGGUUCAGCUCAAAGAACAGCGAGGUGCCGAUGACCCAAGACGAAGUUUCCUGGAUGGUCUCAAUCGGCCCUAUCGGAGCAGGGCUCUCCUCCAUACCCUCUGGUAUGCUUGCAGACAGAUACGGGAGGAAACCUGUGCUGCUGUUCACCGGACUGCUCUCCACGAUUUGCUGGGCGUUGAUCGUCUCUACCAGGACCAAGUGGACACUGUAUGGUGCCCAAGUCCUAGGUGGUGUGGUCGUCGGAGGAUUGGUCUGUGUGGCUCCCAUCUACCUAUCCGAGAUCUCCCCGCCCGAUAUACGGGGUGCGAUCGUCGGUCAGCUGAGCACUAUGUCCUUCGUGGGCCAACUCAUCGUCUACGCUGUGGGACCUCACCUAACCUACUCUCAUUACAUCUGGGUAUGCUUCUCCAUCCCACUUCUUUUCUUAUUAACGUUCCUUAUGGCGCCGGAGUCGCCAUACUACCUCAUGAGCAAGGGGAAGGAACAGGAGGCAAAAGAAAGCAUGCUGAAACUGAGGGGUACGGACUACCUAAUGGAGGUUGAGACGUCCUACUUCGAACUUCGUAGUAACCAAGAUAUCCAGCCAGAGAAGUCGUUGUGGGAAACACUGAAUCAGGAUGGAUACGUGAAACAUCUAAUUUGUCUUGUGAUCUUGAGUGGUGUAAGCCAGAUGGACGGGAACGCGACUGUUUCCGUGUACGGCGAAGAGUUCAUCGGAGGACAGUGGGUGAUCCUGGCGAUGGGGAUCGUCUUCGUCGUAACCUCCUUCUUCGCUUCCUUCUUGACAGAUCCCUUCGGCCGAAGACCCCUCCUCGUGUCAUCCCUCAUCGGCUCCGCAGUUUCUACGUCCCUUCUCGCCGCGUACUUCGUAACUCUGAAAGACGGACUUUUAUACUCCGGUAUGUUCGGUUUCUGCAUCAUAUCUUCAAUUGGUAUCAACCCCAUCAUCCUGACAUUGCCUUCCGAGCUCUUCCCUACACGUCUGAGAGCUUUGGCUAAUGGGCUCACUCAGUUGGUUGCCAGUGUCGUAGCAUUUAUCACACUGAAGAUGUUCGUUCCUAUCAAUGCUGUCUGGGGCAUCGAAGGCAACUUCAUAAUCUAUACUGUUGUGUCUUUGAUAGGUGCUGUAUCGGCUACUCUCUUGCCAGAAACUGCCAAGACUACCAUCAGCUCUAGUUGAUUGAAAAUCAAUUUAAGAAGCUGCUAUAUUUAUUGUGUAAAUACUUGUAAAUAUUUAAUAUAUAUACUUAAUUAUCAUAUAAUUGCACAACAGCAAUAAGCUCCUUUAAUUAAGUUAUUAGAUUAUUUUUUAUUUUAAUUGAAUUUCUAUUUUUGUAGUUUAAUGAUUCGUUUUCUUGUAUUACACAACGAUUUUUCGAAUCAUAACGACACCUGGAAAGCAAUGUUAAGAUUAAUUAGAAAAUAUUGUAUAGAUAAAAUUUGCAAAAUAAAGAAAGUAAUAUAAACUAAGGUAAAUAAUAAUAUUUGAAUAUUUAAUAUAUUAUUUGAAUUUAAUUAUUUAUUAAUUAUAUUUAUUUAGGAGCAUUUAAGAACUUUGUUAUUAAAUGUAAUAUUAAUAUUUUAUCUUAUCUCAUACCAACAAAAAUUGUAAUUUUUAACUGCAAAUGAUCAUGCUGGCUGGGCUGAAUCUUCGUAGAAGUGAUAAAUUUUAUUCGGCACAUUUUUAUUAUAUUUGAAUUUCAUU